AUGGGGCAUAUAGCAAGGGAUUGCACCCAAAAUGAACAACAAAAAAGUGGGAAACCAGCUGUUAAUUCAACCGGAUCAAUCCCAAAACCGAGCAAUACUAUGAGGCCUGCUGCUACUAGAGACAGAAUGAGACAAGGAAAAGUCUUUGCAUUUGUCCCAGGUGACACACUGAAUACUGAAGCUGUUGUCUCAGGUGCUAUCUCUAUAUGCAAUCAAGAUGCUUUUCUGUUGAUUGAUUCCAGCUCAACACAUUCCUUUGUGUCUACUAUAUUUGCAUCUAGAUUGACUAGACCCCUAGAAUCAUUGCCAUAUUUGUUAUCUGUAUCUGCUCUAUUUGGGAAAUCUGUAUUAUGUGCCUCUGUGUAUCGUGUUUGUGAUAUGCGAAUUGGCAAUACUAUCUUAUAUGUGGAUUUGCUACACUUGGACAUUCGGUACUUUGAUAUAAUUCUGGGUAUGGAUUGUUUGUCGAAAUAUUGUGCCACUGUCAACUGUGUAACAAAAUGGGUUGUGUUUAAACUGCCAGGAUAUGUUGAAUUUGAACGUGUAGGUAAUGGGGUAGUGCCUCCACCUUCUCUAAUCUCAGCAAUGAAAGCAUGUAAACUACUUAAGAAAGAGAGUCAGGGUUAUUUAUGUAGUAUCUUGAUUGAACAAUCUAUGAAUGUCAAAAUGGAUAAUGUCUCUGCUGUUAGAGAAUUUCCAAAUGUUUUUCCUGAGGAACUACUAGGGGGAUUGGUUAACAGAGAAAUAGAGUUUGCCAUUGAUGUGGUCCCAGGCACCCAACCUAUCUCAAAGACCCCCUACAGAAUGUCUACUGCUGAAAUGAAAGAAUUGAAAGAACAAUUACAAGACUUGCUUGAUAAAGGACUUAUCCGACUAAGUAUUUGGCCAUGGGGCGCACCGAUGUUGUUUGUAAAGAAGAAAGACGGGACUUUACGUUUUUGCAUUGACUACCGGGAACUAAACAAGAUGGCGGAUGAUGUUCCUCACGCCGAGGCUCUCCCCGAGCUUCCUCCAAUAGACUUCGAGGCAGACUUUGAGGCCGAACCAGAGGCUAAGCCGAAGCUAUUACCGCUGAGUAUACGUCCCUUCGAUCCAGCGAGGUAUCAUCCUCAGACUCACAUAGUGCCUACCACAGGAGGCGUCAAAUCCUUUACUGACUUUGCUGAUGACGUGCCAGACGACCUCCUAUUGAGAGAGCCAGCGUCUCAUUUGUCGGCCAUCAUCGUGGAG